UGGGUCAAAUAUACAUAGUAUACAUGUAAAUGCAUAAUGAAAUACUCGGUAUACCUGACACACCCUGCACGAUAAAUUAUUCAGUGGGCUCUCUGUGUGUAUCCCGUAGUUUUCUUUGGUGACGGUAUCAAAGGAUUGUUUUAACCACAGUGUUAUAUAGGCCUAUUAUAGAAACUCUAUGGUGAUAAUUAUGCUCCUCAAUACUGAGCCAGUAUAAAUCGUUAAAUAGUAUAAGACGUAAGUAUAAUAUUACAAAAGAUUUGCGCUCUACUCAACGCAGAAGCAUCUACAGGCCUGCAGACUGGUAAAUAUAAAUAAUGGUUGACGUACGCAUCUCGUUUCAAAAUUGGGUUACGAUCAUCCUUAUGCUUGAAACAACAUAUAGUGAGGACAUAGCUACAAUUUGCCAGUAUAAUGGAACAGCAGUUGAUUGUUCACACAUGGGUAUCCUUAACGUUACUGACAAUCUUCCAGUAAACACUACAUCUUUAGAUCUUACGUUUAAUAAUAUAACAAUUCUAUAUAACGGUGAUUUCUUACAUCUAGUUAAUCUGCGAUAUCUUGAUGUUAGUUUUAAUCCUAUCCACACAGUACAGUCAUCAUCAUUUAAUGGAUUAUCAUCAUUGUUGGUAUUGGAAUUUAAUGGUCAUGUGUUGAAUUAUAGUGAAGCUUCCCUGCCAGUUAAUGUUUUUAAACCUCUUCAUUCACUUACAAACUUAAAUAUGAGAUCAGAUGUUUUAGGAUUUUAUCGAAGUCCAUUAAAUGAUUUACCUGACAUUGUGUUUGGAUCACUCACAAAUUUAAGACAUUUAAACAUUGAUACCGGCCCGCAAACCGUAUUCAAAUCUGGUUUUUCGAAUUUAACUAAACUGCGGUACCUGGUUAUAGGUAAUACAGUAAAACACGGAAUUUCAUUUUCCUGUGGACUUGGAACCUUAACUAACGAAACCUUUAAAGGACUCAUGAAAACACAGAUAACAUAUAUACAAUUAAAUGGGUGCAUUUUUCAAACAUUCCAUAAUUAUUCACUCAAUUAUUUAUCUAACUUAACAGAUUUCAUUAUGCAAGGCAGUUCAUUAAUGAAAGGGGGUUUGCAGAUUGUUUUCCAAGCCUUGAGUGUGUUCCAAAAUAAGAGCAUGUCAACUGUUUCCAUCACUGAUUUUCAGUCUGAUAGUAUUGAUAUCGGAACAGGGUCUUCAAUUAGUGUAAAACCCUUAUGUCAGAUGUGCGUUAGCCAUAUUGAUUUACAUUUAAGUAACAUAAUAUUCAUGGAUUUCCAAGGAGUACCCGUGUUUAAUUGCCCCCUAAUAAAAUGCGUGAAAUCUAUCAAACUAAGGCAUAACAGAAUUAGGUUUGGUGGUCUAUCUAUGCUGUGGUUUUUAGGCAUGCCACUUUUAUCAAACUUAGAAACGGUUUACAUAUCUCUUCAGAGGAAUCUUGCUGUUGAUGAUGCGACAUCGGUACAUCACGGAAGCCAUGUACCUUUUCCCAUUUUUCUACCAUUGUUCCUGCCCCCAAAGAUCAAAUCGGUAAAUAUUGCUGGCAUAGCUGCACAUUCCGGACCCUUGUGGAAUAUUCAGUUUUUGAAUGGAACAAACCUGCUGUCACUAAAUCUCUCAUACAGUGGCUUCACGGAUUUCAACCAUACACUUAGAGGUUUAGAAAAUCUGGAAAUUUUGGAUUUCAGUCACAAUGACAUGAGCUUAACCAAUGAAACGUUUUUUGAUACAUUUCCAAAUUUGAAACAAUUACGUUUAAGCUGCGUUCAAUUUGAUAAUGGUUUUAUAUCACGACAUGGUAAAAGACUGUUUGGUCAGUUAAAGAAAUUAGAAAACCUUGAUUUAUCUGACAAUGGCCUUGUCUUUUUACCAUAUGAUAUAUUCAGCUCUCUUGUUACAUUACAAGUUGUUAAUCUGGCUUUUAAUAAUUUGAUAACAAUACCAGAUUUAACAUCUCUUGGUAAACUGAACUUUAUAGAUCUGAGUCACAACUCAUUUACAACACUUGAAAAUAAAUACAGAAUGAUGUUGGAUAAAACAGCAGAAAUUAAUAAUGGGUUAAAUUUGUCACUUUGGGGAAACACUUUUUCUUGUAUUUGUGAGUCGACUGGAUUUUUAAUUUGGUUGCAAGAAACCAGUGUUAAGUUAGAUGGUGGUAAUUAUUCGUGCAUGGACGUUACCGGGCAGAUGAGCUACACUAAAACAGUCCAAACCAAAUGGAAAGCGUUUCAGAGAUACUGUGUUUCAGAAUUUUGGUUAAAUGUCUCUAUGGGUGGAAUAAGUGUUGUUGUUGUUACUCUGAUAACAGCUUUUAUUUUCAUAAAAAAUAAGAUGAAACUAAAAUUGAUACUUUUAAGGAUGAUCGGACAAAAUAUUUAUCCCAAGAAACGGAAUGAAUUUUUGUAUGACGCCUAUAUAAUCUACACUGAUUCUAUUUAUAGUUGGGUGUGUAAUGAACUAAGAAGUGAACUAGAGUCAAGUCGUAAAAUAAAAUUAAACAUACGUGACAGAGAUCAUUUACCCGGUGGUUCUCACGAAGUUGAUAUAUUUGAAGCUAUUAGAGACAGUUGGAAAGUAGUUUUAGUUUUAACUGAAGAUUUCCUAAAAAGUGAUUUGGCUUAUUUUACAAUGUGUAACUGUUUAUCAGCCAUAACACUUACAACACCACAACGAUUAAUCAUUGUAAUCGAUCAUCAGUUGAGAAUACCUGCUAAUAUCGAUUUCUUGCUGGAAGCGGUUUCACAAAGAAAUAUUAUUACUGCUGACAUUGAAACUAUACAUAUGCGUUUUAAUUAUUCCGAGUUGGCCGAUAUAAUCUUGUAUGAUGAAAGGUCGCAAUAAUUAUUGUGUAAUCCUGCGCAGCCAUAAUAAUUUUUUUAAUAGCCGUGUAUAAUAAAUGUUGUUUCGUUUAACAUUUAAUCGUGACAGUAUUUAAGAAACAUUUAGGAAACGAAGAGAAAAUGAUCACCAAUUUUACUUUUCACAAUAUACUCACAGAGAAAGGUUAUCGCAACACUCGAAUGUGUAUAGGCUCAAGAGACAUUUAUUGUGUAAAUAAAUAAUAUGCGAAAGUAAAAUGAAAAUCUUGUCGUAUUCUGU